AGAAGGUAAAUACGGCCAGACCCCUUUCCUGUUCCGACGUUUAUUCCCCUCCCUCUGGAAACAGGCGUUUUCCACCCUCCUUGGGAUGCCGAUGCAUUCAAAAGGGCAUUUCUCUUUCCCUGCAACAGUUGCACGGCGGGCAUAUGCCGCGAGGGAGACCUGCCGCGUGCAGUCAGGUUCAGGAAAAUUGGAGAGGCUGCGGGAGCUCUUUCCGUCUUGAAAAUGGAAGAUCCGGUGAUGGGUCUCAAGGUGGCAAGAAGGUCGGGCAAGGCAGGGAAAAGCCCUCAGCUGGUGUCGACUGGGAGCACUGGGAGAUUCCCAGAAAGGGUGCCACUGCAGCCGAAGGUCAAACAGGAACUGGGUGAAGGGCUCCUUCCUUGUUGGGAAGCCCAGCGGCCGCACUUUCUGCAGGAAAUGGAGCCUCCUGGCUCAGGAUGGGGGCUUCCUCAGCCGCCUCGGGAGCCCACCCUGUGGGACGAUGCCAAGGGCUUCCUGACCUCCUUUGAGCAAGUGGCCGAAGCCUGCCGGUGGCCGAAAUACGAGUGGGUAGCCCGGCUCCUGCCUGCCCUCAGUGGGCAAGCUGAACGGGCCUUCAAUGGCCUGGAGGUCAGAGACCGCGAGGAUUAUGGGAAAGUGAAGGCGGCCAUCUUGCGGGGAAUCGCCCUGAGCCGGGAGAAGCAGCGCCAGCACUUCCGGCGUUUCUGCUACCAGGAGGCCGAGGGCCCAAGGCGGGCUUGCAGCCGGCUUCAGGAACUUUGCCGCCGGUGGCUGAAGGUGGAGAGACACUCCAAGGAGCAGAUCCUGGAGCUGCUGAUCCUGGAGCAGUUCCUGACUAUCCUGCCGGCAGAGAUCCAGGUCUGGGUCAGGGAACGGGGCCCCGAUACCUGCUCCCAGGCAGUGGCCCUGGCCGAGGAUUUUCUGCAGAGGCAGCAGGACAGGGAGAAGUGGGGGCGACAGGACUUCAUGCCAUGCGAGGAAGUAGCUGUUGGUUUCUCAGGAACAGAACAAACUUCCCAGCAUCCGGGCCAGAGCCAGCUGCACAGAGGGGCCAAAAGAGAAAGGGAGGGUGACAGCAGCAUCCCAGAGUACGGAGCCACGAAUGAUCAUACGGAGAGAAGCAGUUCGCAGGAAGGAGCUGAGGAAGGAGAACAAUGCUGGAUCCCCCAAAGACAACUCGCCGAGAACUUUUCCCGCAUCCCCGAGCAGGGGAAGCUCUUCCAGAAUCAGCCCCGGCAAGGAAUCCAGACACGGAACAAAGUAGCCGUAUCCAUUGCUUCAGUAGUCAGUAGGAAGAUCUUGGGCAAACCCCCGCUCUUUCAGACCCAGAAAUCAGACAUCCUGUCUGGGGUGGACUUGAGACAGGAACCGGAUGAUCAUAUCCCCGUUCCGGAGAGGCCUUAUCACAAGUGUUCGAUCUGUGGGAAGACCUUUGGUCAAAGCUCGCAUCUGAUUUUCCACCAGAGGACCCACGACAUGGAGAAGCCCUACAAGUGCAUGCAGUGUGGGAGCAGUUUCCACUCACGCCAAGGCCUCAUCUACCACCAGCGGAGCCACGCUGGCGAGAAGCCGUACAAAUGCUCCUUCUGCGGGAAAACCUUUAGCCAGAGCUCCCACCUCCUGGUGCACAAGAGGAGCCACACGGGCGAGAAGCCCUUCAAGUGUCCUGCCUGCGGGAAAUGCUUCAGCCGCAACUCCCUUCUGACCAUCCACGAAAGGACCCACACGGGGGAGAAGCCGUAUAAAUGUUUGCAGUGCGGCAGCCAGUUCCAUUCAGGGUCGGGGCUCAUUAACCACAAGAGGAUUCAUGCCGGAGUGAAACCAUAUAAAUGCUCCAAGUGUGGGAGAGAUUUUAUCCGGAAGGCGCACCUCACUCGGCACCAGAGCAUACACAGUGACGACAAGAACACGCCAUCUUGCAAAAUCUGGCCAAAGAUGACCAUGGAAAAGAGAGGUCCUGUGGGCCGCGUGCAAAGAGGAGGAAGCAGGAAGGCAAUUCACGCUCUCCAGGGGUUGGGAGACUGUAAAUCCAAGAUGGAUGUGGAGGGAGCAGCUCGGCCUCCCGAAGCAGUGCGAUCUGAGUGCGUGGGGGUCUCCCAUAGGAAAGCCAGCCUGUGUCCGGUCAAGAUGGAGCCAGGAGAAGGACUGGCCCAAUGCUGGGAGGCCCAGUGGCAGGAGUUCCUACGGAUGGUGGAGUCCCCUCCCUCCAGCUGGGGGGCCCCGCGGCUGCCCGAGGAGCCCACCCCGUGGGACGACGCCACGGCCUUCCUGGCCUCCUUCGAGCAAGUGGCGGUGGCCUGUUGGUGGCCCAGGGAGGAAUGGGUAGCCCGGCUGGUGCCCGCCCUCCGAGGAGAGGCCAAGCUGGCCUUCAGCAGCCUGGAGGCCAGGGACCGGGAGGAUUAUGGGAAAGUGAAGGCGAUCAUCUUGCGAUGGGACGCCCUGACCAGGGAACGGUGGCGCCAGCACUUCCGGCGUUUCCGCUACCAGGAGGCCGAGGGCCCGCGCGGAGUGUGCAGCCGGCUGCAGGCGCUUUGCCACCAGUGGCUGAAGGUGGAGAGGCUCUCCAAGGAGCAGAUCCUGGAGACCCUGGUGCUGGAGCAGCUGCUGGCCGUCCUGCCCCCGGAGAUCCAGCGCUGGGUGCGGGAGCACGGCCCCGAGAGCUGCUCCCAGGCGGUGGCCCUGGCCGAGGAGUUCCUCCAGAGGCAGCAGGAGACCCAACCGCAGGACCCCCAGGUGGCAUUUGUGGAGGACACUGAGAAUUCUGUGGCGGGUGGACAAGCUUUAUCAGCCACGGAGCGGAGGCAGCUCUGCGUGGAAACCAAGGAGGAAGUCAACAAUGACUGCAGAGCUGCUGGUGAGGGACAACUGGGCAACGGAUGGAUGGCCGCAGAAGAUGGGGUAGAAAAGGUGCCAGAAGACUGUCAGGCUUUUGCCUGGAAAGCCAAGGAGAACUUCUCUCCAGCCUGUGAAGGGGAAAAUUCCUUGGCAAGUUGCGAGGGAACAGAGUCUUGGCAGCAGAUCCAGCGCGAAGAAGAUGCUUCCAGCCCUUGCAGCGAUGGCCUUAAGAGUCACAGUGAACCCACCAUCCAGGUAGAAAUCGAUGCAGCCGAUGAGAUGUGGGAAAGCAACAGCGAAGAGGGACUUUCCAAGAUACACCCGACAACAACCCAGCGUGACGAUUUGAAGGAGAACUUGUGGAACCAAGACGGGCUGAAGAUGGAGGAAGAAAACCACCCCAAGGGACAUCCGGCUUUUCCUUGUAACGGUGGUGACUUUCCUGACAUCAUCGUCCAAGAAGAACCAGGAGGAAACAGGAUGGACAGGUGCCUGAGCGCCCACUGGAGACUUCACACGGAGGAGAAUUCAAAUCAAAGCCUAAUGUUUGGGAAGAGUUUUAGCACGAGUAGAACUCUUCCUGAAUUUCAGUUCCUCCAAGAAGAAGAGAAACCAUACAAAUGCUAUGUUUGCGGAAAGUGCUUUACGCGGAGUACAAACCUGACUUCCCAUCAGCGGAUCCACACGGGGGAGAAACCAUACGGCUGCCCAGACUGCGUGAAGAGAUUCUCUAGCCAGUCAGACCUCAUUAAGCACAAAAGGAUCCACCGAGGAGAGAAGCCGUACAAAUGCUUUGUCUGCGGAAAGAGUUUUAGUCAAGGGGGCCAUCUCACUUCCCAUCAGCGGAUCCACACAGGGGAGAAGCCCUAUAAGUGCUUGGAAUGCGGGAAACACUUCAGCAAGAACACCAACCUGACACUGCAUCAGAGGAUCCACACUGGAGAGAAACCGUACAAAUGUCUCGAGUGCGGAAAAAGCUUCACGUGGAAUUCCAACCUGACCUCGCAUCAGAGGAUCCACACCGGGGAGAAGCCGUUCCAGUGUUCGGAUUGCAGCAAGAGCUUCUGCAACCAUUCGACUCUGAUUAAGCACAUGAGGAUCCACACGGGGGAGAAACCCUAUCAAUGCUUGGUGUGUGGAAAGAGCUUCAGCCAGAGCGCCAGCCUCACCACACACAAGAGAAGCCACACCGGGGAAAAACCGUACAAGUGCUCUGAAUGUGGGAAGAGCUAUAGCAAAAAUACAAACCUUAUUUCUCACCAGAGAAUUCAUAAUCUGGGCAAAUUGCAUAACUAAAGGCAGCAUUAAGGCCUAAGGGUGCAUUGACAAUCCCAGGUUUAGGAAUCAGAAACUCAGGCUUUGAGGGGGAGGGGGUUGCGUCCACAUGGAAGCGUGAGAGAAUCUGCUCGGAAUUCACAUAGGGAAUUAACUGUUUUAGGAGCAGAGAAGAACGCCAGCUGGUCCAACACUGGGUGAAGCCAUCUAAAA